GAGUUCCCGUUGGUACCACACUCUGUGCUAAGCGUUUUAUCUGUACUUUCCCCAAAGAAACGUAAUACUUUUAUUGGAAAACCAGAACGCCUAACCACACAUUUUGCCUAAUCUUUCAUGUAAUUAACCUUCCACUAGUGCAAGUGUUGAAAAUAGAAUACACCAUUCCCAAGUUUCAAGUUGAGGGAGGCGGGAUUCCCGGGUUCUGGUUGUACAUUCCCAUUUUCACUGAUCCAUUCAGUGGUCAAUGGAUUCUUGGGUUGCUUUCGUGUCAGCUACCGUGAAAAAUCCUGCUAUGAACAUGAGUAUACAAAUAUCUCUUGAAGGCCGGGCGCAGUGGCUCACACCUUCACCCUGGCACUUUGGCAGGCCGCAGAGGGCACAUCACCUGAGGUCAGAAGUUCAAGACCAGCCUGGCUGGUGUAACCCCAUCUUUACUAAAAAUACAAAAAUUAGCUAAGCAUGGUGGCAGGUGCCUCUAAUCCCAGCUACUCUGGAGGCUGAGACAGGAGAAUCACUUGAACCCAGGAGGCGGAGGUUGCAGUGAGCCAAGAUCGCACCACUGCACUCCAGCCUGAGUGACAGAGCAAGACUCCGUCUCAAAAACAAACAAAACUAAACCCCCCCAAAAACCAAAAACAAAUAUCUCUUGAAGACCUUCCUUUCAGUUCUUUUGGGUGUAUACUCAGAAGUGGAAUUGCAGCUGGGCGCAGUGGCUCAUGCCUGUAAUCCCAGCACUUUGAGAGGCUGAGGCGGGCGGAUCACCUGAGGUCAGGAGUUGGAGACCAGCCUGGUUAACAUGGCGAAACCCCGUCUCUACUAAAAAUACAAAAAUGAGCCAGGUGUGCUGGCGCACGCCUGUAACCCCAGCUACUUGGGAGGCUGAGGCAGGAGAAUCGCUUGAACCCGGGAGGUGGAGGUUUUAAUGAGCUGGGAUCAUGCCAAUGCACUCCAGCCUGGGCGACAAGAGCGAAACUCCGUCUCAAAAAAAAAAAAAAAAAAUUUGUUCCAGAGAAGUGAAGAGAGCCCAGCGGGAGCCCGCAGUGGGGACAGCCUGGGCAGAGACUUGGCAGGAUCCCCAUUCUGGGUGGAACAGGCCCAGGACCACUGUUUUCCCAAGGAAGUCCCAUGAAGGACCAGCCAUGCUGCUAGGCCCCACCCGGCCUUCAGGGGGUCCCCAGGCUUUAAGGGGACUCCUGGCUCAGGGCCAGGCCCUUGAUGCUGGAGGAGGUCGUGGGUGGAAGGCAGGGGGCACCAAGUGGGCAGCCAGGACCCCUGGGCUGCAGACAAGAAAGGGACUGUGCGGUCCACCGGGUCUGGGCCACAUCAAGGAGUGUGGUUGAAGACCCGCCCUAGGAGCUGAAAGCCAGGGCGCUGCCAGGCCUGAGAGUCCCCAAACAGCACUUGGGCCAAGGAGGGUGAAGCUGGGAGUAGAGGGCAGAGCUCCCACCCCGCCCCGCCCCCAGGGGGCGCCCCGGGCCCGGCGCGAGAGGAGGCAGAGGGGUCGCCAGGCCGCGGGAGAGGAGGCCAUGGGCGCGCGCGGGGCGCUGCUGCUGGCGCUGCUGCUGGCGCUAGAGGGACUCAGGAAGCCGGAGUCAGAUGAGGCGGAGCUGUUGUCAGCAGUUCCUCUGACCAUCCGAGGACCAUGCGGCCAACGGGUCAUCACGUCGCGCAUCGUGGGUGGAGAGGACGCUGAACUCGGGCGUUGGCCAUGGCAGGGGAGCCUGCGCCUGUGGGAUUCCCACGUGUGCGGAGCGAGCCUGCUCAGCCACCGCUGGGCGCUCACGGCGGCGCACUGCUUUGAAAGCUCUAGUGACCUUAGUGAUCCCUCCGGGUGGACGGUCCAGUUUGGCCAGCUGACUCCCAUGCCAUCCUUCUGGAGCCUGCAGGCUUACUACACCCGUUACUUCGUGUCGAAUAUCUAUCUGAGCCCUCACUACCUGGGGAAUUCACCCUAUGACAUUGCCUUGGUGAAGCUGUCUGCACCUGUCACCUACACUAACCACAUCCAGCCCAUCUGUCUCCAGGCCUCCACAUUUGAGUUUGAGAACCGGACAGACUGCUGGGUGACCGGCUGGGGGUACAUCAAAGAGGAUGAGGCACUGCCGUCUCCCUACACCCUCCAGGAAGUUCAGGUGGCCAUCAUAAACAACUCUAUGUGCAACCACCUCUUCCUCAAGUAUAGUUUCCGCAGAGACAUCUUCGGAGACAUGGUUUGUGCUGGCAGUGCCCAAGGCAGGAAGGAUGCCUGCUUUGGUGACUCAGGUGGACCCUUGGCCUGUAACAAGAAUGGACUGUGGUAUCAGAUUGGAGUCGUGAGCUGGGGAGUGGGCUGUGGUCGGCCCAAUCGGCCCGGUGUCUACACCAAUAUCAGCCACCACUUUGAGUGGAUCCAGAAGCUGAUGGCCCAAAGUGGCAUGUCCCAGCCAGGCCCCUCCUGGCCGCUACUCUUUCUCCCUCUUGUCUGGGCUCUGCCACUCCUGGGGCCGGCCUGAGCCUACCUGAGCCCAUGCGGGCUGGGGCCACUGCCAAGUCAGGCCCUGGUUCUCUUCUGUCUUGUUAGGUAAUAAACACAUUCCAGUUGA